GCGUCUGGUAUAUUUGUGUUGUCAGUGGUGAUAGUGAGCGAUAGAGACGUGGAAGGACGGACUAAUGGGUAACUGGGGGCUCGGGCAGGACUGACCGAGGUCUGGGAGUGAGGAGAAGCAGAGUCUGUCAGGCAUUCAGUAGACCAGACAGUCAUGUGACAUCGACGUGAGUAGUGUCAGUCCCACCGCCACUAGGUGUUCGUGUUGUACUAAAAUUUCAGUGGACUCGUUUCCAGCCUAUGUGCUUGAGGGAAAGUUUGCGAGGAGUUAUUUAGAAACAUAGAGCGAGAAAUGGAACGGGACGCCAAUGAAAUAGUUGCAACUAGUUGAAUUUCCGUGUUGAUCGUACCCAGGUAUCAUUUUACACCCGCAUGUGGUCACUCAUUAAGACAACUUUGAUACCCGAACUAGAGUGGUCACUUUAUCAAUAGUGAAAAUACACGUAUGAUAAAGAAAGUGAGUGAAGCGGUGCAGUCGCUCGCAGCCUCUCACGCCCGUAAUCAGCUGGUGGAGGUAAACAAACAGCAACAGCUGACGAAGGGGGACAGGUGAAAUAAUAACCACUUCUGCAUCACCCACACCAGGACCUGCCAUCACACUGGUGCUCAGUCUACCUUUGUUCCCAUCCUGACAACAACACUGCCCAAGAUGCCUGUGGUUGAAGAGGACAUGGAGGCAAUCCUUCCUGAGGAUCAUCCCGAGUCACAAGUAAUGCUGUCCAGUGUGGAGGUGAAGGUGUACAAGCGGAGGUGGUGGAUCCUCUUCCUCUUUGCUGGGAUGGGCUUCAUGCAGUGUGCUGUGUGGAAUACAUGGGGGCCAAUCACAGCCUCAGUAAAGGCAGCAUACCCCAAGUGGGAUGAUGCAGAGAUAGCCCUGCUGUCCAUGUGGGGCACCAUCACCAUGAUCACAGGGCUCAUCCCCAUGACCAUCCUGCUGCAGUCCAAAGGUAUUCGUGUGAGUUUGCUGGUCACUGCUGCCUUGUUGUCCAUGGGCACAGGAAUAAGAUGUUUCUCCACACAGGAACAGGCAUUCACAGUCCUGGCCCACAUAGGAGCUGUAUUGAAUGGCUUUGCUGGAAUCAUCAUCGGUGCCGCUCCCUCGUUGCUCUCCUCCAGGUGGUUCCCUCACAAUGAGCGUACUACUGCCACUGGGAUUGGGUGCACCUUCAACCAGCUAGGCAAUGCAGGUGGGUUUUUCCUGGGUCCCUUAAUGGUUCACCUGCCUAUCAACCAAAGUACUCACCAUGGGAACUCCACUGAGGCUGGCCUGGACCCUGAACAGAUAGAGGCCCUGAGGAUGAGCAUUCGGGACUACAUGUGGAUCAGUUUUGGCAUUUGUGGAUCUCUGUUCCUUGGAGUCAUUGCUUACUUCCCCGAGAAGCCAAAGAAACCUCCUUCCCUCACUUCCUUCAUGCAUGAGAAACCCGCACCACUUGCCAAGGACCUUAAGAUGCUGCUCAGCAACAAAAACAUCUGGCUGCUUGUGGUGCCCUAUGCCAUCACCCUGGGCAUCAACGUGGCAUGGUCCAGCGUGCUUGACAUCAAUGUGGCACCCUUUGGCAUUGACCAGAAUGAUGCCAGCUGGAUGGGGGUGUACGUGACCUGUGGGGGAGUGUUCAUGGCUAUCAUUGCCUCGCGCUUCUCAGACAUCCUCUUUGGUUACAUGAAGCUGACCAUCAUUUCCCUCAUGGUGGUGGCAACAGCUGGCUAUACUUGGUUCCUACUCCUCAUGAAUCAGUGCCUGCCAUUCAGCAAAGUUCAGCUCUUCAUCAGCAUCAUCAUCGGAGCUUCCUUCAACUACGCCUGCUCUCCUCUCUUCUUUGAGCUGGCGGUGGAAUUGGCUUUUCCUGUGUCUGAGGGAGUGGUGGGCGCCUUCCUCACCAUCUGCUGGAACAUUGUGGCCGCACUCUUCCUCUUCAUCAUGCAGACACCUUUCGUCAAAAAGAGUGUGCUUUGGAUGGACUACCUGUUGGCAAUCCAAGGACUGGUGGUGGUGCUGAUGAUGGGGCUGGUGCGGGAGGAGUACCGGCGCACCUCUGUAGACAAGGCACCAGCAGAGGACCAGGUGGUGGUGGUGGGAGCAUCCUCAGCUUCCUCUGACCAUUCCUCAGACUAGCAAAUAGAACCGGCCUAACCUUAUUAUGCAUUAGGGAUAGGUGUUGUGUGUGUGUGUGUGUGUGUGUGUGUGUGUGUGUGUGUGUGUGCGCGCCAGGUUGAGGUUUCAGUUGGAGUCUAUAAUGAAGGUUUCUGUGGUGUUGCAGUGUUGUGAUAUGCUUUCAAGGUCAUGGUGCACUUUGAGGUGACAAGUAUCAGUGAGUUAUGUUACCAAUUGGCUGCUGAUGGCUUGUGAUGGUGGCGAUUGUUGGCGAGUUUAAGUUUUAGCAGUUGUAGGCAAUCAUGGAUGAGUGUGUGAAUGAAAGCCUGAAUAAGACUAUUUUUAUAUAGAUUUAUGUACGUAUUUUAUGUAGGAUUAUUUUAAUACGACCACCAUAACAUUUUGUAGGCAUUAAAGAGUAUCAAAGCUCUUGUAAGGUGGAGUGAGUGUGUUGGCUGUAUGAAGGUGGACUGGUGCCUUCCAUCAUGAGGCAGAUGCACUGCAACAAAUGGGUCUCCACUGUGCACACACCAUGUAAUUUUAAGCAAUCUUUUUGCAACUUUGAUAAGUGUAAAUACAAGUCAAAUUUUACAACUCUGUCCAGACAAUCUCUGCCAUGCAUUGUACUAUCACUCAUACUCAUCUCCUUCAGUGUGGCAUAUUCACAUGACAUCACAAAUGCAUAUUGUGUUAUUGCACAAUGUCAUUAACACAUCUUAAUGUAUUGAUGAGAACACUGCAGCCUUCAUGCAACCUACAGCCACGCAAGGGACAUUCAUGACCGUGCAUGCACAUGGAUGAUCUCAUUAUUGAAAACUGAUCGGUAACUACAGGUUUUUUGUGCAUAAUGUAAAGUGCACGUUACGACAAACACCUUUAUAGGUGAUGAAUUGAGAUCGAAAAGCAAGGAAACAACACUGCAUAUGUAUGUUGUCAACAAUGUGUCAAAUGAGUGCAGUGGUCUCACAGAUACCAGUCCUCAACAUGCAGUUGCACCUUAAGUUAUAUUAUGAGUGCAGUGGUCUCACAGAUACCAGUCCUCACAACAUGCAGUUGCACCUUAAGUUAUAUUAUGCUAUUCACUAGCAUUAGUUAAAAUUCUGAGAGAUCAAGAAUGACAAAAUUUGUGGAACUGAUGUGAACUAGUUCAGUCCUUGUUCCAAGACAAGUGAUUGGGCUGAACCUGAAGUAAAUUCUGUUGUCAAUAAGACAUGCAUGAUUGGUGCAUGGUGCCAUUGUGAGGAAUGGUGAUGCUGUGCAGGUAAAAAUAAGAUGCAAAUAUUUUUUGUCAGCUUAACUUGCAGGAGUUGCCAGAAAAUAUUUCUAUAAGUGUUAGGAAGAUAAAAAAAAAUCUUGCACAUUUUUUUAUAUUUUUUUAUUUAUUUAUUUAUUUUUUUGUGUUGUGGAAAAAAGAGAAUCUUUAGUGAGAACUUUUUAUAUCCAGUAUGUAUUUUUUGUAUAUGAUUUUACUGAUCAACUUUUUAUAGUCUAUGUAUUUUCUUAUACAGUUCUACAGUAUCCUAGAUCAUUUACAAUUGUUUGCUUCUGAAGUAUUACUGAGCUUAAUAUGUACUUGUACAUAUGUAGAUUUUUAAAAUUAAUUUAUGAUAUUUAUUUCUUAGUCAUGGAUACAACAAUGUCAUGUCUGAGUGCCAGAGCUCUGUGAGAGGCUGGAAGAUACUGGAAUCUUCCAAAUGAUUUUGAAAAUAUUAGGUAGGGAUGAUAUUUUUAUGUCAAGCAUAUAUGAUUAUUAAGAUAAUUUUAGAUUUUAUCAUUCAAAACUCAUUUUCUCAGGUUAGUUUGUGGUCAACAUUGGUCCUGUGUGAUGGUUUUGAAUUAUCCACCUGCACCAUUGCCUUCUCAUUUGCUUGUUCCUGUUAAGUGUUUUAGAGUUGGUUGUUCAUGUAGUGAUUCUGAUUGUUUUGUACUACUGUCUGUGCUCCACAUAGCAUUACGUGCCACGAUGCACAUAGCUCGUGUUGACAAACAAUUUCUGGGAGGGAAGCGUACUUGCCUUCUGAUUCCCAUAAUUUGCUGGGCUCACAAUAAUAGUUCCUCCUCCAUCCUAAUCCUGUGAUAUAGACAUAAUGGAACAGUGUCAUUUAUUUAUAGGGUGGAUAAUAGGGUGGAAAGUGGCUCUUGAAUGGCAGACUGAACACAUGGACAGUUUAGCAUUUUUGCCUUUUCUCCAUCCAGCUCACAGGGCCACUGGCCUGCCUCUGAGUGUUAACUGUACAGUACAACAGAGUCCCCUCCUGUAUAUAUUUAUAUUUUAUACACAUGUAAUGAUACUUUUUUUUUUGCUUCACAUUGCUGUUGGCAAGGUUUAAUUGAGUGGGUCUUGCAAUGUAUCAGAUGCAUCUUUAGAUAUUUGUUAUAUCCAGCAUUCUGUGAUGCUGUUCAACAAGUGGCUUGUGUUUUUUGGAUUUUAACUCUACAAUGUCCCUCAAAAUGUGCUGUCUUAACUCCUCACCUGUAGCUCAAAGGAAACCUUUCUGGAAGGCUAGGAGGUGCACAGUUGCAUUUUGCAUAGUGUUUUGACUCUUAGGCAUCUUCAGCCAGAAAUGACAGGGAACCAUGUCUGAAGAGUGGAGAGCCAGACCAAGAAAGCCAGAAUCAGUGUGAAGAAUGUGGUUAUCUGUGAUAGUGGUGCUGCAGGAGUCAAGCAUUUGGCAGCUAACUGCAUUCUUCAGACUGAUUCUGGUUUUCUUGGCCAUGCUUUCUACUGCUCAGACAUGGCUGUCCUUUGACCUGAAGAUGCAAGAUGACUCCAGAGUAAGACAUUAUGCAGAAUGGAGUGUGCAGGUGUUGAUAGACAAGAAGAUCCCCCACUCUGAGACAAUAUUAUAUUUAAUGGUUAUUUGCAGGUCAUAAUUAUGAAGUCAUAUCAACAAUGAACUUCUGCAGGAGAGAGGACCAAAAGGCAUUUGUAGCAGUGUACUACUAUUAUAUUGUAUGUAAAUUAAAUUUGCCUAUCUUCUUUCAGAUGCAGCAUAUUCAUUAGGUAAUUAAAAAAUACAGAAAAGUUAUUCAAGAGUCCACUGGACUUUUUAACUGUUGUAUUUUAGUGGGUUGAAAACAAACCCAAUCUAUACAGACAUGUUGGACUCUUGCACUCCUCCACCUGUCCAGGUGGAGGGGACAGGUGGAGAAGUGCCCUUACUUUGUCUUGAUUGGCACCCUGUAGAAAUUCUCCUGUCUUCCUGAUAGGGAUCCAGCACCAUCAGGACCUGCAAAUGUUUAAGUGUUGAUUUGGGUUCAUAUUUUAAAAUCACAAAAUAUUUCAAACUAAAAGAUGAACCGAUACUGUGUCAGUAUCUCCCCAUCCACUGCUGUCUGUAAGGCUGAAGCUGGUAGAACUUGAUCCAUCCUGUUCAAGAGACAUCAUUCCAUGGUUGUUAUCCUUCACUAUACUGCCCUGACCCUGAAAAUAAACCUGCCUCAAGCAAACUACUUGUCA